AUGGCCUGUAAGCCACUCUUCAUUGUUGCAAUAGAUUUUGGUACAUCCUACAGUGGGUACUGUUUUUCCCUCACUUCAGGUACAGACCAAAUCCGCCAGGUGUACUGGGGAAUGGAGCAUGGGCUCAAGACCCCAAAGACACCCACGUGCAUCUUGUUCAACCAGAAGAAGGAAUUCAAGAAGUUUGGCUAUGAUGCUGUGAUGAAGUACAAGAGCCUGCCCUCCAGUGAAGCUGACAAGUGGUACUUCUUCCAGAACUUCAAGAUGGAGCUGUACAACACAAGUGUCACAUCAGGCAUGGAGCUGAGAGCCAGCAAUGGAAAGGUGCUUCCUGCCCUGACAGUCUUUUCUGAAAGCCUGCGCUACCUGAAGGAUCAUGCCCUGAACACCAUUCAAGAUGCCUCUUUCCAAACCACCUAUGAGUCGGAGGAGAUCACCUGGGUCAUCACUGUCCCAGCCAUAUGGAGUGCUGCUGCCAAACAGUUCAUGCGCCUGGCAGCAAAACAGGCAGGAAUGAUCUAUGACAUGCUCUCUGAGAAUCUGAUCAUUGCCUUGGAGCCAGAGGCUGCAUCACUCUGGUGCAAACAGCUUCCACAGGAAGGGUUUAUGGCAGACAGCAGUAACAAGAAGAAGUUUGAAGACUCCCCUGGAAUCCAGUAUAUUGUUGUUGACUGUGGAGGCGGCACAGUAGACAUCACGGUACAUGAGAUCCAAGGAAACCAUUACCUGAAGGAGUUACACAAGGCAAGUGGAGGUGGAUGGGGAGGCAACAGAGUGGAUGAGAAAUUCUAUGCUUUCCUCAAGGAAAUAUUUGAUGAUGGUGUAUGGGAUGAGUAUGUAAAGAGCCACCCAACUGAAUUACAAAAUAUGAUGUACAACUUCAGUCUGCAGAAAUGCUCUGCUAGCAGGGAGGCAGUCUACUUACGUUGCUACUACAACCUGACCAGAGUGGCAGCAUGCAAGAAGGACAUCUCCCACUACUUCGAGAAAGCACAAGGAGCUGUCUGGUGUGAUGGGAUGAUCAUGAUUACAUAUGAGAAAAUGAAGAGCUUGUUUGACUACAGUAUCAAAAAUAUCAUUCGUACUUUGAGGGAAAUUCUUGACAAGCCUGAGAUGGCCAAGGUCCAGCACAUUUUGCUUGUGGGAGGCUUUGCAUCUAGCAUUAUCUUGAGAGAUGCGAUCAGUCAGGCCUUUAGCAAAAACUAUCAUGUCCUUUGUCCAAUGGAGGCCCAAGCAGCCAUUGCAAAAGGGGCUGUUUUAUUUGGAGUAAAUCCACGCAUUGUUACCUCAAGAGUCAGCAGUAGGACAUAUGGUGUAGGAAUAUCUGUGAAAUUUGAUAGUGCAAUCCACGAUGCCCGUAAACGGGUGGUCUCAAAAGUUGAUGGCUAUAUUUAUUGCAAAGAUAUCUUCAAGAAAUUGGUGGAAAUUGGGGAGUCAGUGAAUAUAAAUGAAGUUGCUCACUAUGAUUUCUAUCCAGUAGAACCAGAUCAAAUAAGGGUACGCUUUCGUUUCUAUUGUACAGAGAAACAGGAUGCUCAGUACACAGAUGAUGAAGGGAUGGAAUGGCUUGGCUCCUGUGUAGUGCCAAUGCCAGACACACGGCUGGGGAGAAAACGCCGGCUGAAGAUGGCUAUUAAAUUUGGGCUCACUGAAUUUAAAGCCACGUGUACUGAUGUUACUUCCAAUGAGAGUCGGUCAGUUACAAUAGAUUUUUUAGCUGUAUAA